AUGAAAUUUAAAUGUGUACCAACACUCUUACAGGAUGAAGUAAUGAAAUGGUAUAAACGAAAGUCAGCAACAAUUACCUCAUGGUCUGAAUUUGAGAAGCAAAUCAAAGAAUUCACAUCAAAAUUCAAAAACUGUAAAGCAUUUGAACGUCUGCUUCAUUACGAACAAUCAAUGAAUCAAUCAAUCAAGGAUUAUUAUAAUGAAAUCAUGGAUCUUUGUAAACAAGCUGAUCCACAAAUGUCAGAAACAAUCAAAUUACCAUAUUUGUUGACUAAAGUUAAGCCAAUAUUGAAACUGGAAGUCAGUAAAAAGUUCCCAGAAGCACCAGCGGAUUUCUUGAAUUGUAGCAAACAACUUGAAGAAUUGAUGGAAUUUAUGAAAGAUGAUCCAACAACAGUUAGCGUUGCCUCUGCUCCUCAGUCAUCAACGAGCUCAAGAAUACAUGCAUCGAUAAAUCGAAACGAUCAACGACUGUAUGUUCCACCUCCGAGAAGAUUUGAACAACAGCAGGAAUCAAAUAAAAUACAUCAUUUAAUGGUCAAUCGAUCAGCCACACCACUACCAUCGCCUUCACAGACAUCCAGAAACAAUCCAAGUCAGUCAAGUAAUGCAGCUGCUAACUCACAAUCAAACCAAAGACAACACAAUUUAUACUAUUCGCGCAGUGCAUAUCCCACGCCACGACCACCACAAAAUUAUUCCGGAUGUUAUAGCUGUCAACGUUUCAACAAUUGUCGUAUCAGAGAUGAUCAACGUCAAAUACACCGAGAUCUACAACAAUAUGCAAGCAACGACGUAUCGUCAGUUUUGGCUAUUGUCCGUGAACGAGAUCGAUAUAAACAACGAAAUAAUCGUCGUAUAGUUUCAACAAUCAAUUUAGCUCCAAGUCCUCCUGAACAAUUGAUGGACUAUGAAAAUCCACCAGAAACGGAACUACAACCUCAGCAACGAAUAUCCGCAUUAGUUUGUGAGUCGAUUUCAAUAACAGGAACGGAAAUGUCUCGGAUGGUUCAUGUAGACGAAGCUCUGGUCUCUGUUCUCCCUUCACACUGUCGAACAACACAACCGAAACGAUUAAGACGAAAACCACGACGUCGUAGCAAGAAAUCUCGUCUGAAUUCCAACAAGAAAGCAUCGAAACGUCAUCGAAAAACUGAUUUUAAAUACGAACUUGUUAAACCAAUUGAUCCGCAAUUUCAUCCAACACAAGUUCGACGCAUUCUCUCUCCAUAG